GUGGGAGGCGGCAGGCUCGGCGUCUGGCCUUCUCCGCCGCCGGCCCCCGCGCGACGCCCCCAGCCAUGAACCGGUUUGGUACCCGGUUGGUGGGAGCUACGGCCACGCCGCCGCCGCCGCCGCCGAAAGCCCGCAGCAAUGAAAACCUGGACAAAAUCGAUAUGUCUCUGGAUGAUAUCAUCAAAUUGAAUAGAAAGGAAGGAAAGAAGCAGAAUUUUCCGAGACUAAAUAGAAAACUCCAGCAAAGCAGUGCCCGGCAAUUCAGGAUGAGAGUGCGAUGGGGAAUCCAACAGAAUUCUGGUUUUGGCAAGAAUAGUCUGAGCCGUAGAGGAAGGGUAAUGCCUGGAAAGAGACGUCCUUAUGGAGUUAUCACUGGCCUUGCAGCUAGGAAAGCAACUGGAAUUCGAAAAGGAAUUAGUCCUAUGAAUCGACCACCUCUUAGUGAUAAGAAUAUAGAACGAUAUUUUCCAGCAUUAAAAAGGAAGGCCAACCUUCUGAGACAAAACGAAGUACAGAGAAAAGCAGUCGCAGUUCUCAAGAGACCUAACCAGUUAAAUAGAAAAAAUAACAUUCCAGCCAAUUUUACCAGGAGUGGAAAUAAAUUAAGUCAUCAGAAAGAUACUCGUCAGGCAACUUUUCUUUUCAGAAGAGGCCUAAAGGUUCAGGCCCAGUUGAACACAGAACAACUGCUAGAUGAUGUAGUAGCAAAGAGAACUCGUCAAUGGCGAACUUCCACCACAAAUGGAGGAAUUUUGACUGUCUCUAUUGACAAUCCUGGAGCAGUGCAGUGCCCAGUAACUCAGAAACCACGGUUAACUCGUACUGCUGUACCCUCAUUCUUGACAAAACGGGAGCAAUCUGAUGUAAAGAAAGUUCCUAAAGGUGUCCCCCUACAAUUUGACAUAAAUAGUGUUGGAAAACAGACAGGGAUGACUUUGAAUGAGCGAUUUGGGAUCCUGAAGGAACAAAGAGCCACUCUCACGUUCAACAAAGGAGGAAGCCGUUUUGUAACCGUGGGAUAGAUCCCAUGUCAAAGGGACUUUUGAGUGAUGACUCUGUUUUAAAAGUUGAAUUGCUUGAAGAGUUCAUCACAGAAAUUCAAGAAACUUUA